UCGAGAGUCGUCCAGGCGUUUUCGGCACGAAGCAGUCCCUUGGAAACCACCCCGAAGCCCAUCGUCGUUUCGCCACUUCGUCGGUAUUCCACCCUUAAAAGUCCACGCUCGCGCCAAAGCGACAGCAAACCCGUUGAAAUCGUGAAGUCGAAGCACCAAGCGGUCGCGAAGAAAACCCGAAGGAGCCAGUAGACGGGAUUAAGGACUGUUGAGGCGAGGGACACAAGCAGAGACAUGGACAAUGUGCAAAUGAUCGGCACUAAAAUAACAGCAAUCAAGGAAUACUUAUAUAAUUUCGCACGAACGCAUUCACCCACCAGACUAAUGAGCUCCGAAAACACCUACUCGCUCUCCAAGGAGCAUUGCAACCUCAAGUAUUCGGACAUUCUGCCACACAAUGUAGAAGGCUAUCCGGCGACCAGAGAGUUCCUGAUGAAAGUGGUGGACAUCUUAUUGGACUUCGUCAAAUCGACAAACGAUAGAAAUGCAAAGGUCCUCGAUUUUCAUCAUCCUGCCGACAUGAUGCGGCUGUUGGAUCUGGAGAUCCCCGACACCGGACUGACUCUUCAACAGCUGCUAUUGGAUUGUUCAAUGACUUUGAAGUAUCAAGUGAAAACCGGACAUCCACAUUUCUUCAAUCAGCUAUCAUGCGGCCUUGAUUUAGUGUCCAUGGCUGGCGAGUGGCUAACUGCUACAGCGAACACGAACAUGUUCACCUACGAGAUCGCUCCCGUAUUUAUUCUGAUGGAGCACGUCGUCCUACAAAAAAUGCGCGAGUUCAUAGGUUGGAACUGCGGUGAUUCUAUCCUCGCUCCUGGAGGGUCCAUCAGCAAUCUUUACGCUUUCCUCGCUGCCAGACACAAGAUGUUUCCGACGUAUAAAGAAAAAGGGCUCUCUGCCAUCGGAGGACAGCUCGUUAUGUUUACGUCCGAUCAGUGCCAUUACUCUGUGAAAUCAUGCGCUUCCGUUUGCGGUCUCGGAACGGAUAACUGCGUGAUGGUGCCUUGCGAUGAGCGUGGUCGCAUCAUUCCAUCGAAGCUGGAAGAAUUGAUUCUGGAGCGUAAGGCCAGAGGUCACAUACCGUUCUUCGUGAACGCUACGGCGGGAACGACAGUUAUUGGUGCGUUCGAUCCGAUCCCAGAGGUAGCUGAUAUCUGCCAAAAGUACAGGCUUUGGUUGCACGUCGACGCGGCCUGGGGUGGUGGGCUGCUUCUGUCCAGAAAGUACAGACACCCGAGAUUGACUGGCAUCGAACGGGCUGAUUCGGUGACAUGGAAUCCUCAUAAACUUAUGGGAGCUCUACUUCAAUGUUCCAGUAUUCACUUUAAGGAAGACGGCCUGCUGAUCAGCUGUAACCAAAUGUCCGCGGAAUACCUGUUUAUGACGGACAAGCUAUACGACGUGAGGUACGACACUGGCGAUAAGGUCAUUCAAUGCGGACGUCAUAAUGACAUUUUCAAGCUUUGGCUGCAAUGGCGCGCCAAGGGCACAGAGGGUUUCGAGAAGCACAUGGACCGGCUGAUGGAACUAACUGAGUACAUGGUCAGGAGGAUUAAACAAAUGCCCGACAAGUAUUACUUGAUUCUCGAGCCCGAAUUAGUGAACGUCUGCUUCUGGUACCUGCCUACACGCGUGCGAAACAUGCCACACACCGCGGAGAGGAUAAAAAUCUUAGGCGAGAUUUGUCCAAUUCUGAAAGGUCGCAUGAUGCAAUCUGGUACCCUAAUGGUUGGCUAUCAGCCGGACGAUCGACGACCCAACUUCUUCAGGAACAUCAUUUCCAGUGCUGCCGUGACGGAAGCUGACGUUGAUUUUCUCCUGGCUGAGAUGGACCGACUGGGUCAUGAUUUGUAAGAAACUUGUCCAUAGAUAUUAAUCGUAUAUAAUAUACGAUUAGAUGACUGACACACACUCACACACACACACACACACACCGUUGGCCAAGCCGCACCGCUGUCACGUAAUUGUUUAAUUGGGUACGUCGAAAAUUUAGCGACGCACCCUUAAAUGAUGUGUACAAAAGAUACAAAAUUCAGAUCAAAAUUCAGAACCAACAAUAUGAGUAUAAAACGCGAGGAUAUGUGCGGUCUCUUUAUUAUAAUAGUUCUCCAUUCAGUUCUUGCUGAUUUUUUCGAGAUGUAAUAUUUCUUUAGUGAUGUGAAUUAUUUCACUUACGUAAAAGUUCUCACUUAUUAAGAGACUAAUAAUGUCUUGCGAGUGUUGAUAGUAAACGAUAUGGUAACAUUGAUUUGGUGUUGACUUGGUGUUUAAAUUUUGAUCGAGUUGAUUAGCAAAAUAAUUCCUUGCUGUAUUUCCCGGAGUAUCAUAAGUCUGGCCGUAAAAUAUAAACGUUCAUUCGUCAUCCAAUAAGAAGCUUCGCCAAGUCUAAAUUAAUUAAUAGAGUAUAACUGUUGCUUAGGACGAUAGAAAUAAUUUAAUUUCGCAUAAGUUUCUCAUUGAGAACGUGGAGGGAAAGUGUUGGUGUUGGUGAAGGGUUGAUGUGUAGCUAAAUGCUUCUCCAUCUUGCGAACAGUUUGCGGGAGCACCUUGAAAAUAUCGAGGAGAGAUAUUCAUAGUAUAAGUUUUCUAGAUUUAAACGAAAUACACGUCAUACCCGAAAAAAAAAAACGAAGAGUCAAGUUACAGAAUUAGAGAUGCUUCCGGCCGUAAGCUACGCAAAUUUCUUAUUUUUCGCUGCUCGAUGCAUAUCCAUACGAGCGAUAAAGCUACUAAUCUCUUAUAAACCGAAGCAAUAAUAGUGUAGAUCUGCUUUUCAAAUGAAACAUCCGAAUAAAACACUUUAUCUCGGAACAUGAAUCAUAAAGAGAGUGUGUUCAAAUUUGAUUACGCUUAAUUUAUUACGCUUAACAAAUUAAUUUUUACACAAAUGUGCCACUUCGGACAAUAUAUAUAUCGAAUCGGUUUUGAAAUGUUUGACAAUAUCAACUUGUGUAUAAACAAUUUUUUAAAUUUAACAAUAUUUUUGUUGAUGUUAUACUUAUGAAUAUAUUAAAUUGUAUUUUAUUAUAGUUAAAUGACUAUGAGCACAUUUAAUAUCGUUCAACAGUCUUGUUUAAAAUUAUUCAAAAGUUGCUAAAGGGAAGCACAUUCCAAUAAGAAGAUUUAUUUCGCGAUUUAAUCAAAAUUGAUUGUUUAUUUAUAUUUAACAUCUAUAUAAAUAUAUAACAUACGGAAUGAAAAAACAGAUCGGAUGGUGUAGAGGUUUAUUAUCUAGAGUAUAAAUUGUAAGCUAUAUCUCUCUGAGCUUAAGCAUUGUUCUGUCCUCGUUGUAUGAGUUACAACGAAUUGUCAGCCAAUAGUUACGGAAUAUAAUAUUUUUAUCGACGUGGCAUAUAUUGCAUAUGAUAGGUAACACAAAUGAUAUUACUUUUCAUUAUAGAAAAUAAACUUAAUGCUACGCAUUAUUUCGUUGAAGUAUUGACAAUGUUUAUAAUUUAUCGAUUGUUUGCGAAGAUAACGUUAUGAGAUGGAUUGCACCCAUUAUAUACAAAUGUAUGUAUAUUAUAAUUUACUGUUGAACAAUUUUAAUCGAAAACGGAGAGUACUAUUUAAUAUAUAGAUAAAUAUACAAAAAAGUAUAUAAAUAUAUAAAUAUCAAAGCAUAUAUAUAUAUAUAUAUAUAUAUAUAUAUUUAGUGUUGAGAUUUUAAGAAUACAAAACACAAACCCAUGAAAGUACAUGCUUUUUCAAGUAUUCGUGCGAACGGUUGUUACUUAGUUCGUCGAUUCUGUUAGAGAUCUAUCUAUCGUUCUUCAUUCAAGCACUAUUAAUGUAGUUAAAUAGUUGGAAGUGGGAAUUGCAUCGUAACAAUAUGAACUGAUGCAAUAAUUAUUUCCAAUAUCAUAGAUUUUCAUAUUAAUUCUUUAUAAGAACAAUAUAACCUUGUAAUUUUAUUAUCUCCGUUAUAUAUAUAUAUAUGUAUCGAUACAAUACACUUUUUAUUAGCGUUUGACCGCUGUUUCACGUCACGAAAAAAGUUCUAUAACAUACGUUACGAACAUGGUGAAUUUACAAACGACGACAAGCGUUUCGAUCUGUUCGACGACACUUACAACCGAACGACUCUAUAGAUUUCGACUUACUCGCCAGUACGGAGUAACAAAAAAAAGGUAUUUAACGCGUAAGUAACAUAAAAUAUCUAGGUGUAACUAUACGGGAAAUUGAGUGUAUUUAUGUACAUUUUCGGUAAUUCAACGCAUUUCUUUUUCCGUCGACGACUAUCGUGCCGUCGUGGCAAUUAGCUUAAGUCACACUUAGCCAAACAUGUUAGAAAUGGGGAGCCGCAAUUAGUACUGGGAUUGAACUAAUGCGUGAUUAUCGAAGUAGAGAAUAAUCGAUAUGUCCUGUUACAUGUAACUUAAUGCCAAAGAUGUUAAUCGUACGUACUUAAAUGACGGCGCUUGGCUGACGGAUUAUAGCGAGCGAUGUCAAUUCCAUAAAGAAACGUAUAUAAUAUAUAAAAUAUAAAGUACGAUACUGUUGAACUCUGCAUCAAUGAAGCAAAUAAAAUUGGAGGUUGUGUUCGUAAUGUGUUUGAUGUCAAGACAUGAAUAAUGUUUACUUUUCAAAACGACUCGUAUCUUAUUGCACAAUCACGUAAAGGGUAUCAAAAAAUGUUGGCGAAACAAUUUUAAAAUAGUUUACAAUUCGUACGACAAACAUCAGUUUGAAAAACCGUUUUCGGCACUAAAUGUUUUAUUUAUUGAUCUGGAGUUCACACAAUUCAUCUAUAAUGACUAUAUGCGCCAAGGGNGGGGGGGGGGGGGGCGGACAAAUGUAUUUUUCGAAAGGAAAAUGAAUUAAAUGAUUCAUCUGACCAGCAAACCGAUACCUGCAAAGAGGCUCUAUCGAGACAUUGUUAAUUAUUAUUCGUAAUUCUAUCGGCGUUGCGAGUUCUUUUAGUCAUAGUCGUUGGCACUGCCGACAUAGCGAUCAAUGCUAAUCAGAAGCGAAUAACUCUCGUAAUACAAACGUCUUACAAAUUCCCGUGUGAAUGACCUUCUUUUUGAGGAAAGAGCGAUAUAUUUGUAUAGAAAGUAUACUCGUCCUUGUAGACUUGCAGUCAUUUGAUUUGCAUGUACAACUAGUUGAUUAAUACGUUAAAUUCCGCGUUUUACGUCGGACGUAAACCUUUAAGAGCGCGUUCCACAAUUCCCCACCCAGGUGCGCACAGAAGUAUAGCAUAUACGUAAUAUGAAUUAUCACUUAAAGCUAUACUUCUGAAUGCAUCUGGACGGGGAAUUGGAAUAUAGCCCGGAAAGUCGAUGUUAUCGAUGGUAGAUAUCAGCGAUAGUAUUAAUAUAGUAAUAUAGUAAAGCACUAACUCUUAUUAGAAAAUAUAUUAUUUAUAUAAUUACAAGCUGAAACUGCAAGUGUUACUGUGGAUAUCACGGAAAUUACAUUUGUUAAAAUGAUACAUACAGUAACAAUUUACCCUAAGCCCAACAUAUCAAAAUUCGCAUAACGAAUAAUGAAAGAAAAAGAGAAGAACGACGUGUACAUAAAAAGCCACUUUAUUGGUUUUAAUAUUUCGUACAUUGUUGGAACGAUAGAAUUAAAUAUAAUGUUAUUUCGAAGAGAAAACUACGCUUCACAUAUUUAAUUCUUAGAGUAUUCUUAAAGUAAUUUUUAGAAAUGCACAUCUUCAAAUAACAUGCACAUUUCGGAAAUAUUUAAUAAUUCAUACUUCCGUCUAAUUCCAUGCACUCCAUGCACUUUUUCAGUUCUUGUGACGUUUAGCAGCACUUUGCACUGCACUAUACAUGUUGCACUACGACAUUGUAUGUAGUGAUUAUCGAUAUAUUUCGGCUUUUCUCGACAGUCUACAUCGACGAGAAAUACAUACGUUUGUGAGCAAAUAAUCUCUCGCUUGGGUUGCGUUAACGAGGUAGGAAGUCUCCAUAACGAGUUCAUUCAUGCGAUUGAGUUCCUUUACUGGUGGUUUAUCAUGCCGACCUUGGAAGUCCUUGACCUCAUCAUUAUCGUUAAUUAUUAGUCUAAGUUGAUAAUGGAGCAAAGCAAGCAACAACAAAGUCCCAUGUCUUCCAAACGAUGAGAGUAACGAUUAGUGUUUAGCGAGAAAGCCUCGAAACAUCAUCGAGGAGAAAGCUAUCCUUGUAUACUGUACGUAAAGAGAGAGAAAUACAUUUAUAUAUACAUAGAGAAAAAAAAAUAUAUAUAUAUGUUCACACGCGUGUGCGCAAAACUCUGUUGAUAUGUAAACGAGAAACGAAUGUUGAGAGAAUAUGCUGCGAUGAUUGUUUGCUGGCACGUCAUAAUGUUGUUCGAAUACCACCUACUCACCUAAUUGCCCUUAUUAUCCACUGUAUAUCAAUGUCUAAUAAACUGCUGUUAU